UUCAGCGGACUGAGAUUCACACAGACACAAAACGAGAAGAGACCAGUUGAAACGGGAGCACUCGCAUCGAGGAGUGAAGAACAGACGCUCUUGUUUCUUUCAGACUGGAACUCCUCACUGCGCCUGGACUUGGAGGUUUUUGAGGGUUUGUUUGUUCGGCUUUGGACGAACUCCUGUUGCUACUGAGACAGAGGCCUCUCUCUCCAAAUAGGACAGAGCACCAAUAAAAAAAGCAAGAAGAACCACAGUUUUGAGACGUCGGCCGUUGCCGUUUGAUUCGCACCAGAAUCCAAUUUCCAUUUGGUGCUUCUGCCCUCCCGAUGGCCGCCGUGCGUCAGAUGGCGAUGGAGGCCUCCGGCUUCCACGUCCUGCCGGCCCACCUCAUGGCCUCGGCCAUGGAGGAGUUCCCCCAGCAGCUGCCCGUCCCCAAGGGCCCGGCGAGGGGCAAGAGCCGCUCCCGCCGGCCUCGCGAGGCCCGCUUCAAAACGCAGCCCGUCACCUUCGCCGAGAUCGCAGAGGUGGAGGAAGAGGGCUCCUCGCCCCUGGAGGAGGAGAGGGCACGCCGUUCCUUCCUGCAGUCCCUGGAGAACCUGCGGCGGAGCACGCAGACCCUCCACUGCCCGCCGGCCGUCCAUCACGGCUGCACCCCGACGCCCACGCAGGCCAACCUGGACUCCAGCGACUCCGACUCCACCCAGUGAGGGCCGUGGGACGUCGCCCCUGCUCCUCGAACGGAGGCCAGCUGAACUGAAACCAAACUGGCCCGUCUGCCAGCCUGCCUGUGUGUGUGUGUGUGUGUGUGUGUGUGUGUGUGUGUGUGUGUGUGUGUGAGCCGCUGCUGUCAUACGCUAGUCUGCAUUUAAUACUAACACAUCAAACAUACAGUGCAUAGCUCCGAGACGCACAGGCCGGUUACACCGCUGUAUAGACGAGUGGAAACAGCAGCAGACGACGCUGCGUUUGAACACACUCUUCAAAUGUAUUCCUUUUUUCUACCGUACAAUGUCUAUGAGGAAAACUUGAAUGACGAAAGUUGUUUUUUAUUUUUCCAUUUUAAAGUUGUUUGGGUUCAAAAUCUGAUUUUUUUUUUUUUCUACUUGAGCGGUCGCCAUAGAAACGACUGUUAAAUUCUUCUUGUGAUUUACCGACACUGUAAAUACGGAAGUGACCUCUCACUGAGAGCGCCGUUGGUAUUCGUCGAGAGAGUUUCGAGCUCUUGUUUCCCGGCUUCACGGUGGAUGAAAAUAUCUUUCUUCAAUUCCUGAGCGAAUGAAAAAAAACGCUUUUCUAAAUGUCUUUAUUUAUUCUCUUAUUCUUUUGUUCAUAACCAAGUGGCGUUGUCUUUCUGACUUCUUAAAGUCAACUUGACUUUAAGACAAAAUCAUAACCUUUAUACUUUGUAUUUGUUUUACUUUAUACAUGUAUAUUACGAUGUGUUCUUUAAUAAAUAUUU